CUCGGCUUGGUUGGCUUAAAGGAGACGCACAAAAUGGUCGCGCUGCGGGGCGGCUCCAGCACGUAAGUCGGCUACCGCUUUAAGAAGGCCAAAAAAAACAAAAACAAAAAAAAAAACGGCGGCUGCUUCUUUAAGGUACCUUCGGGUCAUCGCGAAGUAAAAGUUUGCUUUUUGGGGAACCAAUAAACCGAUGAGUGGCGUCGGCGACGACCCCGGCGCAUUUUGCGAAAAUGCCCCUCGGUCGGGACCAGGCCUCUCGACGGCCCGAUGUCUGCCGGCGUCCGCUCGACGCGCGCUCGUCCUCCUUCGCCAAGUAGACCGCCGGGCCCCGGUGCGGAAUUGAAGACGGCCUCGAGCGUUCCGGCUCGCCUCGCCUCGCCUCGUCCCGCCGGCCAUGGAAGCGAGCGGCGACGUAAACAAAGGCGACGGGCUGCCGGAGCGGAAGGCCGCGGGCCAGACCUCGGCCCCCGGUGCGGCCGUCGCCCCGCGGAGGGGCCUCAGGGAGCGGCCGGCCGCCCGGACCGCGUCGGGCGACUCCUCCGUGCGGGGCUCCGGCAGGGUCUUGCGGGACCGCUCGACUCGGGCCGUUCCGGCCUGGCUCAAGGACGACAAAAGUGACGACGAGGACCGAGACGAGCGCAGGAGGAAAGUUCCCAGCUCCCGGCGGAGGAAAGCCGCCGCCGCCGCCGCCGCCGACGACUCUUCGGGCUCGCUGGAAGCAGGUGACGCCGGACGCCCUGCUGACGAAGCCGAGACCCCCGCCGCCGAUGCUCGAGUCCAACUUUCCCGGCUCUCUCCGGCCCAGAGUGGAGCCGAGCCACCGCCCGACAGGACCCUCCGCUGCGCCGCCGCCCCGCCGUGCAAAACGGAGCUCGCAACGGAGAACCCGGCCGGCGAACGGCCCGUUGACGCUGCUUCAGGAGAGGCGACCCGACAAGAAAAGCCCGACAUCAACGGAGAAGAGAAGCGUCAACGUGCGGAGAAGCCGGAGAACCCCCGACUUCAGGGCGACCCCGACGUCCUGAACGCAGCGUCGGCCUCGCAGCCUCAAGGUCGAGCAGACGAGGAAGAGGUCAUCAGCAGUGAUGAAGAUGUUCCUUUCAGAGACGAUUUAAAGGAUCAGAGUUACGACCCCAAGGGCGAAAGAUUCUCGGACGCCCCCAAGCCAAAGCGCCGGAUUCCUCUGAGACAGAAGGACAAGAAAGAAAAAGAGAAGGCACCCAAGAAAGAGGAGGUGGAGGAGGUGAAAACGGAGAACUUGGGGAUCCCGGAGACGGAAGUCAAGCUGGAAGAAGACCUGGCGGACGGCCCCGACGGGCCCAGGAAGAGGGGUCGGCGGAAAAAAGACGACAAAACCCCGCGGCUGCCAAAAAGAAGAAAAAAGCCCCCCGUGCAGUACGUCCGAUGCGAGAUGGAAGGAUGCGGCACCGUCCUGGCUCAUCCUCGCUACCUGCAGCACCAUAUCAAAUACCAGCACUUGCUGAAGAAGAAGUACGUGUGCCCUCAUCCUUCUUGUGGAAGACUUUUCCGACUUCAGAAGCAGCUACUUCGUCAUGCCAAGCACCAUACGGAUCAGCGGGACUACAUCUGCGAGUUCUGCGCCCGUGCCUUCAAGAGCUCCCACAAUCUGGCUGUCCACCGCAUGAUCCACACUGGAGAGAAGCCCCUGCAGUGCGAGAUCUGUGGCUUCACCUGCCGCCAGAAGGCGUCCCUCAACUGGCACAUGAAGAAGCACGACGCCGACGCCAGCUAUCAGUUUUCCUGCUCCAUUUGUGGCAAAAAGUUUGAGAAGAAGGACUGCGUGGUGGCCCAUAAAGCCAAGAGUCACCCUGAGGUGCUGAUAGCGGAGGCGCUCGCGGCCAACGCCGGCGCCCUCAUCACGACCCCCGCGACCUUACUGGAACCUCCGGUCGACGAGGGGCGGGCCGAGCCGCCGGGCGCGGGAGGACGCGUCGGCUCGGGGGUGGCCGAGGUCUCGCGGUUGGCCCACGUGACCCCGCAGGUGGUUCUGCUGGGCCACGAGCGGGCGCCAGUGACCAUUGCCGUCGACCCCCCGCCGCCCGCCGACCACCGUCUGCAGACUCAAGUGCACCUCCAGAUGCCCGUCCAGUUCGUUCAACAAGCCCCGCAACUCGGCACGCGAUCCCCGUCGGCCCAGCGCCAGCACCAGCACCAGUCCCGGCUCCGGCCUCUUCAGUCCUACUCCUCCCAGCAACAGAGCCAAGGGCAGAUCCUCCAAAUGAGCUUCCAGCCAACGGGCCAGCAGCAGAUCCCGCUCCCGGCCGCCCCCCUGCAGACUUCCGACGGCGGCCGCGAGGCCUCCGACAGCGAAGCCCUCGGCCCGGACGGUCCCGCGCCGGCCCCCCCCCCCCCUCCGUCGGCCGACGCCUUCCGCCCGACGCCGACGGAAGGGGCGGGGGCCCUGGGCCCGGAGCAAACCAAGCGAGGGGACGCGUAGCGGGUCGUCGUUUGUCACCUUCACCGCCAACAAGAUGGAUUGUUGUGAAGCGCUUCCUGUUCAUGGGCACAACGUUUGCCCGGUCUGGUCUCCAAACGACACUGUAGACAUCUAGCAAGCCAACAGGUUAGAAUGUUUGUUUAUUUAUGACGUCCACACAAUAUGACAAUAGG